AUGGACGCCCAGAAAAAGCUCCAGGCUCUCUCGGACGAGUUCCAGCAGAUGCAGACCGAGCUCGAGGGUCUUGUCGAUGCCCGCCAGAAGCUCGAGUCGCAACAGCAGGAGAACCAGGGCGUACAGAGCGAAUUCGCCCAGCUAGACGAUGAAUCCAACAUUUUUAAGAUGGUCGGACCGGUGUUGCUGAAGCAAGACAAGACCGAGGCUGUUAUGGCCGUCAAUGGUCGUCUGGAGUUCAUUGAGAAGGAGAUUAAGCGAAUUGAAAAAGAGAUUGAGACGAAGCAGGAUGAGGCCGAGCAGAAGCGCACUGAGAUUGUGCAAUUCCAAUCCGCAGUCCAACAGCAGCAGGCUGCUGCUGCCUCCGCAUGA